GACCUGUGGCAGCCCUGAAUUUGUGCCCAUUAUCCAAGCCUGAAGAAGCUUGGUACAGAAAAGUAACAGCAACUCUUACUACGAAACUUGUAAGUAAUAUUCUGAGUUAGUUCCCUUUGGACUGAAAAGUGCUUAGUAACGACUUGUUUACUUUUAAACAGACAUGGAAGUAGAUAAUUGUUGUAAAUCGGUUGGUUUAAAAUUUACAAAUUAAUUUUGACUUAAUUAUUUAAAAACUUAUAGUGAGGAAAAAUAAAAAUAAUGAAAAUUUAAAGACUUGUGCUAUUCUCUGGACUUGUUGAUGUUCAAAUUACACAUUGAAAAUUAUAAAAAUGUAGUAAACUGCAAACAAAAGUAGGACAGGACUUUUUCAACUAUUAAAAACAAAAUGGCAACUGAGGGGAGUAUAAAUACAGACAUAUUAUCUGACGAAACUUUUGAUCUGCUAUGUGGAGUAUGUAAACAUAAAGAGAAAAACCGAGAAGCAGAAAAAUACUGCGUAGAAUGUCAAGAUUAUUAUUGUUUGACCUGUGUCAAAGUUCAUGAGGACAUCCCUUCACUGAUCGGGCACAAGAUUCUUGGCAAAGGGAAGUUUCCAUCAGGAUCAGUCAAGACCCCAUCAGGAUCUAGUAAGACUCUGCCAGGGGCACAAACAGAGCCAUGUGACCGGCAUAGUCAUAACUGUGUAGACAUGUACUGUCAAAAUCAUGACGAUGUCGGGUGUGGCACUUGUAUGGCAGUAGACCACAGGCUAUGCAAGGACAUUUACUACAUACCAGAUUUUCUGAAAAACAACACCUGUACCAUUACUACAAGUGAUAUCCAGCAGAAACUAAAAUCAGUUACAAAGACCCUGGCAGAGCAACAUGAAAAGUUUCAAAGUGAAAAACAAAGAUUACUCAAAUCGAGAGCCAAAACACUGGACAAUGUGAAGAAGUUUAGAAAGGAAAUAAAUGACAGGCUAGAUGAACUAGAGAAAAACACUGUUGAUGAUAUAGAAGAUAAGUACAAAGCCCUGAUACAUGAGAUGGAAGAAGGAAUGAAACAACUGGAGAAAAACAAAGCUAAUGUUUCCUCAACUCUUGACAAGUUGGUUCCAGCAAGCAAAAAUGCAAUACAAAACUUUGUAACUGUAAAGAAAGCAGAAACCGCUGCAAGUAAAGCUGCUAAAUCAGUACAAGAAACCAAAUUACAAACGUCCUUUAAAGAUGUUUACUUCACUGCUGAUGACAAAAUAUCAUCUUUAUUAGCAGAAAUAAAUGUUUUGGGCAAGAUAACAGACAGAAUGUCAGUGGAUGCUGAAUGCAAAGGCACUGUUGCUGUAAGUAAGGAAGAGGCUUUACUUCAGAUCAAAGGAUGCAAAGAAUACUCUGUUAAAGUUCAAUCAGAUGAUUACAAAUGUGAUAUUGGCAGUGCCUGUACUCUAGAGGAUGGAACAAUAAUACUGUCUGAUCAAUCCAACAAGAAGCUGAAGCGUUUACACAGUUCCACAUACUCUGUUAUAGACUACUGUGAUCUUCCUAACAAGCCAUGGGAAAUCUGCUCCACCAAUAAGCAGGAAGUUGCUGUAUGUUUACCAGACUGGAAGGAAGUUCACUUCAUUUCAAUAGGAAACAGAAUGACAGCAACAAACAAGAUAACAACAGAUUUUCAAUGUUAUGGCCUAGCAUGUACCAAUGGCAAUCUGUAUAUAUCAGAUAAUGAUACAUCAGUGUAUAUAUACAGUGUAUCAGGAAGAAAGCUGAAGCAGUUCAGUAAAGUUGAAUCAGGACAGAAACUGUUCUCUAACAUCUACAGUCUAUCUGUCAGUAAGGAUGGGUCAAAGAUUUUUGUCACUGACUGGAAUAAUGGACUGAUUAUACUGGACAAUAGUGGAGAAGUUGUUGAAAGAUUUCAUGGUUCAGAGUUAGAUGGUGCCUUGAGUAGUUAUCUUACAGGUAGAGGAAGUCUGCUUGUUUGUGGAAUAAUUUCCAAAAAUGUGCUCCAGUUUAGACUGGAUGGUAAACUGAUAGGUGAGGUUGUGAAAUAUGAUGAUAAAUCAAUCUUACAGGCCAUUUGUUGCAAUCAGCAAAUGUCAAAGAUUAUUAUUGGAAGGUAUGACGACAGAAUUAAAGUAUAUGACUUGAUAUAAAAUAAAGUAACUAGCUGAACUGCAUUUUGUGGAAAAGACAAAAUUUUACUGAGACUGACGUAGAAAUAUGCCAAAUAUGACUAGUACAACUCUUUGAGAAGAAAAGUGUGCAAGUUGUUAUUCUGUGUGAGAAUUGUUAAGUGUCUGUGUAUAAAUACGCCUAUGUCAAAUCAGUGUAUAUUUUGUAACAUUGAACAAUCCCAUUAAAUUUAUAAACUGACUCUAUCAAACUGAGUCAGCUAAAUAUU